AUGGCGAGGACAAGAUCGACCAAAGCCGCACCGGCGGCAAAGACUGAGUCGAGCAAUGCCUCUUCGACGGCCAAAUACAGCUUGCCCGAAGACUCGUCAAGUGCUCUUCAAUUGUUCAUCAUUCCCAAAAAAGCUACCAGUGAGGCUCGCAUAGUCUCCUUGGCGAACCCUCGUUACUCAAAACCCACCCGCUACCUGCUUUGCCCGGAGACAGGUAUCUACGAGUUCACCAAGGUUGCUGCGCCGAAGACGACGCCCAGAAGCUGGAUGAUUGAGACGCCCGCUGGCAAAUUGGAGGAAUCGGAUGCAAAAGACGGAUCACAGGUUGAAACCCAAAUCACCAACGGCGCCGACCUCUUUAUCGCGACAGCCAUGGACCCUCUGUUCCUACUGGUUCCGGGCCUCUUCGGUCCCGUCAACGCCAAGUCGCAAGAGACGAAGCGACUUUUCCUUUCCAGCGACGACCACUUCGAUGCAGUUUCAACAUCUUCUCCUCACAUGUCUGAAGCCCUACGAAGUCCCAAGACCAGGGUCCUCCUCGAAUCACGCAUGGAAGCCGUGUGUGACACUGUUGAUGCCGGCGAUGAGAAGAUGUAUCGGCUGAGCGAGAAAAAGCUUGUUCUUCAGAUCCUCUCAAAGGCAAGAUCCAUGGGUUCCAAGGGGCUCCCCGCUAGUAUGGACGAGAAAUUUGUCCAGAAAGUCUUGGAAGCGCCUAUCCAAGUUCAGAAGUCACAAGUUGUCAAGGUGGAAGUGGCUGCGGAAGAAGCGAACACGCCAACACUGCAGCACGACGCUGGUGAAUCCCAGUCAUCCGUCUCAACAGUCGACAGCAAAGCCUCAGUUGCUUCCAAUAUCUCGACAGCAGCAACCUCUGUCGAUGGAGAACUAUUCGAAGAUACCGUCGUCAGUGCCAUCCAAGCAUCCGCCGAGGUGACCAGCUUGCAACGACUCAGAGUUGCCUUUAGCUUCAUCUGCUCGAGCUACGUUGCGCCAGGCAUGGCAUCGAGCCUGAAAAAGCUUCUGGCCGAUAAGGACGUAUCAGGUGUCGACUUCUCGCCAUUGGACGAAUACCUGGUCCAACUCACGAAGCUUCGCGCAGAAGCUGCCUCGUCCCGCUCCAUGGCCGACUACUCCAGGAAGCGAAUGCUCGACGAGGAAGAAGAGGAGGCCCGCGCCGAGAAGAAGCGCAAGAUGGAGGAGGAAAGGAAAAAGAAGGCCAGCCAAACGCGAGGCGUUAAGGCGUUGGGAAAGGUCAACACAACGGGCAUGAAGAAGAUGAGCGACUUUUUCAAGAAGAAAUAG